AUGAUAUAUAUAUUGUGUAUAAAUAUUUGUAUUUUUUUGUGGGGGGGGGGGGGGGGGGGGGGGGGGGGGGGGGGGGGGGGGGGGGGGGGGGGGGGGGGGGGGGGGGGGGGGGGGGGGGGGGGGGGGGGGGGAGGGUGGGGGGUGGGUUGGUGGGGGUGGGGGGGGUGGUGGGGGGUUGUGUGGGUUGUGGGGGGUGGUUGGUGGGGUGGGGGGGGGGGGUGUGUGGGGUGGGUUGGGGUGGGGUGGGUGGGUGGGUGGGGGGGGUUGGGGGGUGGGGGGGUUGUGGGUUGGUGGGGGUGUUGUGGGGGUGGUGGGGUGGGUUGGUGGGGGGUGGUGGGUGGGUGGGGUGGUGGUGGUGGGGGGGUGGGGUGGUGGGUUUGGUGUUGUGUGUUGGUGUGGUGGGGGGGUUUUGUGUGUGGGUGGUUUGGUGGGGGGGUGGUGUGUGGCGUUGGGGGUGGUGGGGGUUUGGGGGUGUGGGGGGGUGUUGGUGGGGGGGGUUGGUGUUGGGGUGUGGGUGUGGUUGGGGGGUGUGUGGAGGUGUGGGGGUGGGGUGGGGGGUGUGGUGUAGUUGGUGGGGGUGGUGGGGUGGUGAGGUAA